GGCAGGGUGGCCCGGCCCUAGUGCCCGUUAGAUACCCGGCUCGGGGCUGUGGGGCGGGCGGAGGCUGCAGCCCCAGCUACGGGCGACCUCCUUCCGCGAAGUCGCCCGCGGGGCGUUGAUGGCCGGACGCCUCCUGGGGAAGACUUUCGCCACCUUGUCUCUGUCUGUGGCCUUGGCCUCUGUGCCUGUCAAGUCUUCGGGCUGUCUCAGCAUCCCGGCGUGCAGAGACUCAUUUUCAUUGUGGCGGUUUCAUCUUAACUCCAACAUCAUGUCUGGUUCUAAUGGUGCCAAAGAGACUUCCCACAAGAAGGCUCGGACUUCUCCUUACCCAGGUUCAAAAGUUCAACGCAGCCAGGUUCCUAAUGAGAAAGUAGGCUGGUUUGUUGAAUGGCAAGACUAUAAUCCUGUGGAAUAUACUGCAGUCUCUGUCUUGGCUGGACCUAGGUGGGCAGAUCCUCAGAUCAGUGAAAGUACGUUUUCUCCCAAGUUUAAUGAAAAGGAUGGGCAUGUUGAGAGAAAGAGCCAGAAUGGACUGUAUGAGAUUGAAAAUGGAAGACCUAGAAAUCCUGCAGGACGGACAGGACUGGUUGGCCGGGGGCUUUUGGGGCGAUGGGGCCCAAAUCAUGCUGCAGAUCCCAUCAUAACCAGGUGGAAAAAGGAUAGACGUGGAAAUAAAAUCACCCACCCCAUUUCUGGGAAAAACAUCUUACAAUUCGUUGCAAUAAAAAGGAAAGACUGUGGAGAAUGGGCAAUCCCAGGGGGGAUGGUGGAUCCAGGAGAGAAGAUUAGUGCUGCACUGAAAAGAGAAUUUGGUGAGGAAGCUCUCAACUCCUUACAGAAAUCCAGUGCUGAAAAGAGAGAAUUAGAGGAACAGUUGCACAAACUCUUCAGCCAGGAACAUCUAGUGAUAUAUAAGGGAUAUGUUGAUGAUCCUCGAAACACUGAUAAUGCAUGGAUGGAGACAGAAGCUGUGAACUACCAUGACGAAACAGGUGAAAUACUGGAUAACCUUACCCUAGAAGCUGGAGAUGAUGCUGGAAAAGUGAAAUGGGUGGACAUCAGUGAUAAACUCAAGCUUUAUGCCAGUCACUCUCAAUUCAUCAAACGUGUGGCAGAGAAACGAGAUGCACACUGGAGUGAGAACUCUGAAACUGACUGCGGUGGUCAUAGCUCAAAAUCUCCACGUAAGCCAAAGGCCAAGAGAGGAGCGGGUGCUGAAAAGAAGGCAGUAAUAUAAAAAGGUCAGAGCAGGUCACUUUCACAUUAUUUUGUUCACUUUCAAAAUGAUUUGCAUUUAUUUGCAUCGAAUAAAAUUAGUAAAUAUGCUGAAAUGGAACACAGAAUAUUCUGCUUUCCAGUCAAAAGGAAUAUAAACAAUCAUAUUUUGUAUGCAUUCUCUAUAAGCAUGGCUUUAAACCAAAUUUAAACAACUGAUGUUUUUUGAAGAAUUAAAUCUGAAUAAAGAGAAAUUUCGGAUCAACCAUAA